AUGGUCUCUUCCUUUGCAAAUAAUCGUUUUACAUUAUUCGCUUUUAAAUUAGGAGCAUUUUUGGUUAGCGGUCGAUGUCCGAACUGCCGGCGAGAAAUUGAGGUCGACUUUAUCCAGAGACCGAACUUUGUACAUGGUUCGAACGAAGCCGAUAUCUUCUCGCUUCAGUCGCAGACGAAUAGCACUUUGUCCGUGUCAGACGCCACUCACUGCGGCUUAGCAUGGUUUUACAAAGGCUGGAAUGGAUGGUGGCGGUAUGACAAUGAUACAAUGAAUAUAAUCGAAACCGCAUACAACCAGGGACUGAGUUCUGUCGAAGUUCUGAUCGUCGGACAUAUCUUUGUAAUAGACUUUAACGAAAUGAAGCAGUACCGUAGAGAUAACCCCCGGAAGAUGAGACCUGUAAAGCGCGAUCGUGUUACAGCACCAUUCAAAGGUGUCGCUGGCGUUCGCCUGCCGUCGUCUGAAGACGGCCCUACUGACUCCAUAUCUACUUCUGCAGUUAACGACGAGGAUAAUGCAGAUAUGGCGGUGAGUCAAGUUGUCGAUGACAUAGACAAUCUUCGUUUGUCCUAG